UCACAAACACAGUCGAAAAACUUUGAGUCCGUCGCGCAGUCCACAUCCAUGUCGUGAUUAUUGUUACUUUUCGUUGUUUUCGUCUGAGAAAUAUGAAAUAAUUCUUUACCAGCGCUGCGCGAUAAGCUCGAUGUAAUCAAAUAGAGCACAGGAAACCCUCAGAGUUCCAAAGUUGAAUAUACAUAGGAUAUAGCUUUUCCAUAAAUCGCGCACUGCCAUUGUGUAUGUGACAAUUUUUGUCUGCCUGUGGUAGUGCCUUCCUGAAUAACUGGACAUUUCGAAUUUGCGCAGUUCUAGCGAAACUUAACGGUCCUCUACUUCGAAUUACGGAACUACAAAGUUGCUACGUAAAAGUGUUACGGAAUAACAAUGGCACGUGAACAAGAAACGCAGGGAACCCAAAGCCAGGCCUCCAAUAUCUGGACCCAAGUGGAGAGCCAGCCCAUGGAGAAGAUCGUCUGGGGCCGUUUGUAUGGCAAAAAUAUCAAGAUCAAAUCGUUGGAUCUCAACAAUGACGAGUUCACCGCAGGACGAGGAGAGGCCAACGAUUUGAUACUCACGCUCAACGAUUUGCCCGAGAAAAUCCUGACGCGCAUUUCCAAAGUGCAUUUUAUCAUAAAGCGGGCAAACUGCGAGCUUACAAAUCCAGUUUAUAUUCAGGACCUCUCACGCAACGGGACGUUUGUGAAUAAUGAAAAAAUUGGAACAAACAAGAUGCGGAUCUUGAAGAAUGACGAUGUAAUUUCCCUCUCCCACCCAACGUACAAAGCCUUUGUAUUCAAGGAUCUCAGCCCGAAUGAGUCGAUCGGCCUUCCCGACGAGAUUAACAAAACGUAUUAUGUAAAUCGCAAACUAGGCUCAGGAGCCUAUGGAUUGGUGCGUCUGGUCUAUGACACACGCACCUGCCAGCAGUUUGCGAUGAAGAUCGUAAAGAAAAACAUGCUGUCUGGCAGUGCGCGACCCAGUACAAACUUCAGUGACCCUGAUCGGGUGCUGAAUGAGGCCAAGAUUAUGAAGAAUCUUUCACAUCCGUGUGUAGUUCGAAUGCACGACAUCGUAGAUAAACCGGACUCGGUUUACAUGGUGCUAGAGUUUAUGCGGGGAGGUGACUUGCUAAAUCGGAUCAUCAGCAACAAGCUUCUAAGCGAGGAUAUCUCAAAGCUAUACUUUUACCAAAUGUGCCAUGCCGUCAAGUACCUUCACGAUCGGGGCAUUACCCAUCGUGACCUAAAGCCAGACAAUGUCUUACUGGAGACUAACGACGAGGAGACCCUGCUAAAGGUUUCCGAUUUCGGGUUAAGCAAGUUCGUCCAGAAGGACUCUGUGAUGCGGACACUCUGCGGCACACCGCUCUAUGUGGCACCGGAGGUGCUUAUAACCGGGGGUCGAGAAGCCUACACCAGAAAAGUAGACAUUUGGAGUUUGGGAGUUGUGCUCUUUACUUGUCUGAGUGGCACUUUGCCCUUUUCAGACGAGUACGGAACUCCAGCUGCCCAGCAAAUAAAGAAGGGCAGAUUCGCAUAUGGACACUCUUCAUGGAAGGGUGUUUCGCAGCGGGCCAAACUGCUGAUUAACCAAAUGCUCAUUGUGGAUCCUGAAAGGCGACCCUCAAUCGAUGACGUCCUGCAGUGCAGUUGGUUACGAGAUGCUCAAAUGCUGCAGAAGGCCAAGAAGCUGAUGAAACUCGAUACCAUGGAAAUCGAGGAGGAAAACAACUUUCUCGAACCGCCCACCAAGCGAUCACGACGAUAGUUCUUUUUAAGUUAUAUUUGUAAUGCAUAAGGGUUUAGGCGUGAAAAGGUUUUAAUUUUCUGGAAAAAUUAAGCGAUCACAUUUUUUUCCAAAUCGCCGACACCGCCGCAUCCGAGUGUUUUUGGCAAAUCAAGUAUUUUUUUGCGGUUGUUUAUUUUUACGUGUUGUCUAGUGUAGGUUUCAUCAUUCAAGCCCUGAAUUAUCUUGUUAAACGGCAUUUAUUACUGGGCUUUUCCAUUCACCAUUAUUUUAAGCUUCUUAUCGCUCUGAAUUUCUGCCAUUCCAUUGGAAUAUUAUUACGAUAUAUUACCGAUUAUUGUUUAGAAACUUAAAGUGCUAUAUGUAAGAACAAAAUUUGACUCUUGCGAACCUAUAAGCUUUUUGAAAUAAAGCAAUUGAAUUUGUUAAGUAA